AAACCUGUGUUCAGGACUGGAGGUCACAGGAAAGUGUCUCUUUGGAGGUGGUCUUUGGUUCUGGGAGGUUCUCCUGCCUCCCCGCGGCCUGGAUCUGCUGAGACCGGGGCCACCCUGCUCCCCGUUUCCCCAGCAGCUCUUCAUCCGGGAGCCCUGCACUGCCUGGGACCUUUGCUCCGUCCUUCUCUGCUCCCCGUGCCCAGGACGGACCCUGGAAUAAAGUGCUGGGGACCUCCAGCCCCCCAUAUCCGCGUCGCGGAGCCCGGGUUCGCAGGCUCCGUCUCCGGGGAGCGCAGAGGCGCCCACACGCCGCUGAAAUCAGCAGCCGCCUCCUCGAAGGGUCUUCCAGCCGCUGAGUCCUCUCCAGCUGGUGCCUGGGAAAUGGCGGCCUCUGCUAGUGCAGCCUUGAAGACAGUCACUUGCCUGGUGAGCACCGUUACUUAGAAGAUAGGAUUCCAGAGGAGCUGCCCCGCCUGGAGCCGGCCCGGGGGCAAGCUGGGGUCCCACCGCCCCCGCCCCCGGGAUGACCGCAUCUGGCCGUGCCAACCCCUACAGCAUCGUGUCGUCCGAGGAGGACGGGCUGCACCUGGUCACCAUGUCGGGCGCCAAUGGCUUCGGCAACGGCAAGGUGCACACUCGGCGCAGGUGCCGGAACCGCUUCGUCAAGAAGAACGGCCAGUGCAACAUCGAGUUCGCCAACAUGGACGAGAAGUCACAGCGCUACCUGGCCGACAUGUUCACCACUUGCGUGGACAUCCGCUGGCGCUACAUGCUGCUCAUCUUCUCGCUGGCCUUCCUCGCCUCCUGGCUGCUGUUCGGUGUCAUCUUCUGGGUCAUCGCCGUGGCCCACGGGGACCUGGAGCCGGCCGAGGGCCGCGGCCGCACGCCCUGCGUGCUGCAGGUGCACGGCUUCAUGGCGGCCUUCCUCUUCUCCAUUGAGACGCAGACCACCAUUGGCUACGGGCUGCGCUGCGUGACCGAGGAGUGCCCGGUGGCCGUGUUCAUGGUGGUGGCGCAGUCCAUCGUGGGCUGCAUCAUCGACUCCUUCAUGAUCGGCGCCAUCAUGGCCAAGAUGGCGCGGCCCAAGAAGCGCGCGCAGACGCUGCUGUUCAGCCACAACGCGGUGGUGGCGCUGCGCGACGGCAAGCUGUGCCUCAUGUGGCGCGUGGGCAACCUGCGCAAGAGCCACAUCGUGGAGGCCCACGUGCGGGCCCAGCUCAUCAAGCCCCGGGUCACGGAGGAGGGCGAGUACAUCCCGCUGGACCAGAUCGACAUCGACGUCGGCUUCGACAAGGGCCUGGACCGCAUCUUCCUGGUGUCGCCCAUCACCAUCCUGCACGAGAUCGACGAGGCCAGCCCGCUGUUUGGCAUCAGCCGGCAGGACCUGGAGACGGACGACUUUGAGAUCGUGGUCAUCCUGGAGGGCAUGGUGGAGGCUACGGCCAUGACCACACAGGCCCGCAGCUCCUACCUGGCCAACGAGAUCCUGUGGGGCCACCGCUUCGAGCCGGUCCUCUUCGAGGAGAAGAACCAGUACAAGAUCGACUACUCGCACUUCCACAAGACGUACGAGGUGCCGUCCACGCCCCGCUGCAGCGCCAAGGACCUGGUGGAGAACAAGUUCCUGCUGCCCAGCGCCAACUCCUUCUGCUACGAGAACGAGCUGGCCUUCCUGAGCCGCGACGACGAGGACGAGGCAGACAGAGAGCAGGACGGCCACGGCCCCCAGGCCAGGCGCGACUUUGACAGACCCCAGGCCGGCACCGCCCUCGAUCAGCGGCCCUACAGACGGGAGUCCGAGAUCUGAGCCGCCAGCGGCCAAGGUGCAGCAUCCGCCCCGCCGGGGAAAGGCCCCGACUCCCGCGAGGGCCCCGGGCCAGAGCGGAAUGGGCUUGGGCCCUGGUUGCAGACUCAGUAGCGUUUUAGAUGUUUUACGUUUCUUCACAGCGGCCUGGGAAUGUUGGUGGAAGAGUGGGUGGCCUGAGUGGCCUCUGAGGCCAGAGCAGGCCUGGGGGCGGGGAGGUGGCCCCCCGGGGGGGCCGGGCCACAGGAGCUGGGGGCUUCUGCCUCAGGGGGGAGCCACAGCCUGUCCAGAAGCGGCUCACCAGCUGCCCGGCCUCUGUGGGCGAAGGCCGGCGGGCUGCAGUGCACCUCGCUGGUUUUUAACUUGGGUAGAAACACCGGGUUUGGGCUUUCUCGACCUUAGUUUAAGACUGUUUACAAAAAAAAAAUUAACAUGUGAUUGAAAAAAAGUUUUGUAAUUUGAGGGGGGGUGGGAAAGGACAAUUAGAAUUCCAUUAGUCUGCCAGGAUGCAAGUAACCGGGGGGUUCCAGAAGGUCCCCGAGGCUGGGCUGGCCUCUCUUCCAUGAAGGCCGGGCACGUGCCCGACGCCGCGGCCUGAGGGCAGGCAUGGAGGUCAACCCCACCUCCCCACCCCUCUGUGCUUUACGCGCACGGGGUGAACUGGAUUUCCUUUGGAAUGGCAAAACCAAGACCUUGUUAAUGAUCAUAACAAGAGCUUUUCGGUGUCACUGGGGUGGGAGUCAGGGCCGGGAAGAAUCCAGUCUGAGCUUUUUAAGUUUGACUCUGUACCUCCUUUGAGGUGCAUCUCAGGGCCGGGAUGGGACCUGCCUGCGGUGGAAGGUCUGCUCCCCCCCUCCCCCCAGCCCCACCCCCCCUCCACGACCCCAGCCCGCCGGAUUCUCCCUCCUUUUCUGCCCUGUGGCCUCCAUCCCCUUCCCCAGAGAGGGGCAGCUGGGGAACGUAGGGGUGGCUCCAUGGGAAGGGGGUCAGCUUCCCCGACUCCAAGGAAGUGUUUCAGCCCAGUCCCCACGGGGCCCAGCAUGAGUCGUGCCUUAGAGACCCUGGGGGGGGGGGUCUGGCUCCAGUUGUCACUGUUUUUAUGGGACUCACCCGUCCUCCCUGCUGCUCCCGACUCCACCAUGGCCCUCUGUCUGCGGAGGCCAGGCCGGGCCGGCACCCCAUCCCCCCGAGGUGGGCAGCAGAGGUGAGCCUGGGUGGGGCUCAGCCAGGCUGUGCCCUGGUGCCGAACGCACAGGAACGUCCUAGGAGAGCUGUGGGCUGGUCAGCGCACACGUCUGGGCACCUCGGUCAGGUGGCGGCUCGGGCCCCCUGAUUUGUCACUGGCUCUUGCCUCCGCCAGCCCAAGAGCUGCCCAACGCAGCUCGUUCCUGGCGGAGGGAACAGCCGUCAGGGCGGCGCCUGGGCCCUUCCCAGGGCUGCUGAGAGUGUUUUCCUCACAAAUGACCAAGCCGGUCAGUCAUUAGAGAGCCCCAGCCUGCCUGUCCAGGCUGGCGCGGGACAGCUCACCACCAGGAGAUGCCAGGGCUCCGGCCCAAGUUAGGAGACAGAGGCCGAGUGCAGAUGGGCGAGGGGCAAGGAGAGGCCAGGGGCUGCACUGGGGGCUUCUGCCUCUCCCCUCCUCCAACGCCUGCAACAGCGGGAGGCCUGGCCCUAAAGUCAGGGGCCGUGCAGGGUCCGGGCACCGGCUGUGUAUUCCCACCCAGAAAGCCCCGCCCUGGCCUCAGACGCCACCCUAACUUCCGGUCAGGAGGAGUCAGAAGGGUCAGCCCGAGGCAGGUGGAGGCCUCGUUCCUCUCAGGAUCCGCUGGACAGGCCUCUGCUCCUUCCUGGCCUGAGCCCCUGCUGCCUCAGCGUUAGUCCUGGGCGGUGAUGAGGAGUCUCUGUGGUUGCCGGGGGGGUGGCAGGUGGCCCUGGUCGCUCGGGGCUGGCACGUGGUCCCGUUGGGCCAGCCCUCCACUCAUCCCACCAGGGCAGAGCCCCGGGGCCCUGGGUCCCCCAAGGCCCGAGCUGUCUCGGGUGGCCGGGGGUGCUUCCUCUCAGGCCUGUCCCCCUCCCAGGCCCACGCCGGACGGCUCAGGCCGCAGACCCUGCAGGAGGGCCUUCCCGAGCUGCCUUUCAUCUCUCACCAAAGGCAGAUGCUGCGUUUUCAAACUCCGCUGCCCUCUUUUUGCCUCCUCUGUGUGUAUUUAUUUAUUUAUUUAUUUAUUUAUUUAUUGCUUGUGCUAAAGACCAAAAUAGCCUCCCUCCUUAGUGCCCUUGAAGCGGGAGGGCGGAUGGGAGGAGCUGUGUGUGCAGAGGCAGGAUCACGUGGCCCCUGGGGCGCGUGUGCCUGUGUGUGGGGCGUGGAACAUGUGAACCCAGCGAGUGUGCGGUGUGCCGUGUGUUGUGUGUGCGCUGAGCACGUGUGUAUGUUACGUGUGGCCUGUGUGCUGAGCGGGUGGGUGUACAAACCUGCUUCUGACCCCGCCGGCGCCCCCUGCCCCCCCCACCCCGUACCUACUGGUGCUGUACCACCCAGUCCCGGCAGUGGUAUUUGCAGGAAGUUUCUCGACAGCCUGGACCCAGUGGUGCAGAGGCUGGAGCUGGCUGAGGCGCCCUCUGCCCUGAGACACUGAGCUGCUUACGUGGGGAGGGGCCUGGGGACAAGAUACGUGUGUGAGCACCGAGGCGUGAAUUCCUGUGUGGAAUCAUCUCAUCCGUGUGCCAGUGAAACGUGUCCAAUUGUGGCUUUUCCUGUAAGUGCACGAGUGUACGUGGGAGUGCUGUGCAGACGUGUGCCCACGACGAUCUCUGUACAUGUGUGACCUGGGCUGAUGGUGUCUAUACACGAUGUGUACAUGUGUGUAACUGCACACAGGCUCACACAGUUCUGUGUAUAUCUACCCAUAGGUCUGUUUGUGUGCUCGUUGUGUAUGCAGGCGUUGGUUUAAAUGUUUACCAGGCUGUGGGGCUGGGCACACAGUACUCAGGACGGACACCGGCCGUGGUCCCACCAGCCCUCUGCCCCGAUUCUGUCCACGUGGGCAGGCGUGGAGCACGUGUGACAGGAUGACGCUUCUGUGUACCUGGGCACAAGGUACACGUGUGUGUGAGGACAUGGCCUCCAAAGGCGAGCGUUUGCACGCAGUUGCACGUAGGAGGCCUGUGUGCACUUGUCCACGAACGCACGUGCGUGUGCGUGCCGGGCUCCGUCAGCAGGGCUGCUGUCUGCCUGCUGGGGGUGGCGUGUGUGCGUUCGCGGACCCGCCCGGGUCCCGGAGGUUGUGCGUCCAGAUGGGCGAGUGUCUCAGAGCACGGCGCCCCCUGCCCCCCACCCCACCCCCCCGCCCCGUACCUGCGGGCGCUGUGCCACCCAGUCCCUGCCGCCCUAGGGUCCUGGUGGGGGCAGGGGGCCUGGUGGGAAGGAGGCCCCUGCACAGGUCAAAUCGAUGUCAAAUCUAUUUUAAAUGGUGAAACUGGAGAAUUUUCAUGUUAUUUUCAAUACACAGCAGUAUCUAAAGAUGUAGGCCACAAGACUAGACCGCAUUAAACCAUUUUGAUCUCUCGGA